GCAAAACAGUCGGUGCGCAACCAUCUUGUCAAAACCGGAGUCGGACACAAAUAAAUAUUAUAAAAUGUCCUAAAUCGCUCGUAAUGACAUAACAUUAUCUUCGUAUUUAGUAAAGUAUUGUGUUUAGUUUACGUUGGUGUUGUUUUCAACGCGGUUAUUAUACAUUUUACUCAAUAUUUCGAGUUUUGUGUUGCGUCAAAUGACGUCAUGUAUGUGAUUAUUAAACACGUAUCGUGGCUGUCGAGUUUGUAGUGAACCAUGUUAGAGCAGGACGGCGACAGCGAGCCGGCGCACCACGCGCGCCGGCCGAUGAACGCGUUCCUCAUAUUCUGCAAACGUCACCGGAGCGUCGUGCGCGACAAAUACCCUAAUCUCGAGAACAGAUCCAUUACGAAGAUUCUUGGAGAAUGGUGGGCCAAUUUGGAUAAAGAAGAGAAAGCCUGCUAUACAGGUCUUGCUAAACAGUACAAAGACGCUUUCUUCAGCGCCAACCCUGACUUCAAAUGGUACAAGCUCCCCGCCCCGCCGCUCCGCACCCACACCUCCCGACCCAGAGAGACCAACGAGAAGGCAAGUGACUCCCCUGACAUAGAAUACCACGAGGUCGAGCUAGAGAAAACCAACAACAACUCCACCAAGGUCGACCUCAACAAGAAGCCUGUUACCGACCAUGCCUUCGAAACCGACCCUAAAACCCUAUCCAUGUUCACUCCCGGAAAACUGGCCGACGAAGCCCAGAUGGGAGGCCUGAGCAGCCUCCUAGCCGCCAAGACUGAAAACAAAACUCCAAACCCUUACUACUCACCUCCUUCUUAUAAAAUAAACACGAUCUCAAACGACAGAUCUCAUACUAUUAUAGAGGCGGAUAUGAAAGGUUUCACCCGAGAGGAGAUGCUGCAAGAUGCACUCUCGGAAACAUCUAAGAUUUUCGAAGAGUUCGAUGACCAAAAAGGUCGCCUUUAUUACAGCGCUACAAAUGACCAACUCACUAAUCAGGAUGUCAUCGAUCAGAUUGUUGAAAAACGGUACUCUAGAGACGACGAGUACAGCUACCAGCAACAUUGGUCCGAAGACGAAAAGAAUAUGAGAUCUGACAGAUCGUGCAAAGGGAAGAGGUACCAGGAGUUCAUGGCUGGAGGUGGGCUGAUAGUUAACAAGAGGCAGAAAAGAGAUUACUCCGACAAGAUGCCAGACGAAAACUACAACGCCUCGUGUAGUUGGGAGCCUGGUAACCCGCGCAGCGAAGAGUUCGUAGCUUACGAUACGAAACAAAGUAUGUCACCUAACGAAACACCGGCCGAAAGCGAAUUUAAACCCGAUGAAACCGAAGCACCCAAAGCAGACAAUAACUUAAACAAACCUUUUAAGGCUGCAGAUUUUGAUUUAGAUGCGAAAAUUAAAGCGUUGCCCUCACUUAGUUUAGAAAAGUUCCAGCAAAAGAAACGCGAGAACAAACGCAAGAAGAAGACUAAUAAUGUGAAACCGAAAUCGUUCGAGAGCUCCCACAUAGUUAACUCCGUUCCUAGGCCUUACCCGAGCGACCGGUGGGAGACGGCCGAGUCCUGGCGCCAAAACGUCAUAGGCAGUCAGAAACGAAAACCAAGGAAAAUCAGCAUCACAAGGCUCGAGAUUAACAGUUUGAUUUCUAGCGUAGAUUUAAAGGAAGCUCAUAACAUCAGCCCUGAAUUCAAAAUCGCCACGGAAGCGCCUUGCGGCGUCCAAAACAUGGAAAUGCGUAAAUCUCCUGGCAACGUCGACUUGCUGGCACUGGCCACGCUGGCCGAAGUCGCAGCGAGCACGUCCAAAAUAGAAGAGGCGUCCAUCGAAAACAUUAUGGCCGCCAACCAGGGCUAACACGCUUCCAAGGUAUAACAUACCAACACCACUAGCCUUAAAAAGAUAUUCCAAAAAUUAUUUACUUUAUAAUCAGAUAAUAUUUAUAUAUAGAUCUACUUUUACAUACGCAUAAAGAUUAAUAUUAUUGUACACUUUUAAUUGUAGUUUUUAUAAAGUAGAUUAUAGAUUUUAUUUAUAUGGAAAUAAAAAUCUAUAUAUGUAUACUUUAGUUGAGUACGGCAUUUAGGCUGCUACGUUCUGCUUUAUUAGGUAUAAAGGGUGAUAGAUAGGUAAUUAUUGAUAUCACACAAAAUAAAAAAGAAGGCAUAAUCUUAUACGUUUUAAGGAAUACAAAAGUAAUCCCCAAGAUAGAGUAUAUUUAUGAAAUAACACGUUCCGAGACAGAACGUGAUUUAUCUAAACGGAGCGUGGUAUUUUCAUGUAUUCAUCACAAUUUACUAUAAGUUAUGAAUGCCAAACAUAAGUCAUUAUGUAAGUAUAUACAACCUCAUUAUUUGUUUUCAUAUAACAUUAGUUUAUUUAAAUCGCCUUAAUUUAGAUUUAAAAAUGAAUACCAAGACACCACAUGCAUAGACUGCAUUGCAUUUUUAAAGGGUGUUAAAUUUCGGUUAGCACGUCGUGCAGGUUUCAGAAAUUUAUUUUUUAUACAGACGAUUUUAUUGCGUGUAAAAUUAAUCAAGAUACUAGAAACAUCGGCCCUUUUAUUGGGUUUUUGUUAGUAAUCAGCAAGGUGCGGAAUGGUCAUAGCAAAAAAUUCUAAUAUCAAACGGAGAUACUAAAAUAUUUUAUCGUUAGUCGAUAACUGACACAGCGUGACAAUAAGAUGAAUGGCAUUUUUUUUUGAUAAAUUUUUAAUACUAUAAUUAGGUGCCUUAAAUAUUUUAAGGGACUAGUGUUAUUAAAUAAAUGUAUUCCACUUAAAUAAAUAUUCUGCAUCAGGUAAAGUACAUACAAUUAAAUAGAAUAAAACAGUAUAACUAGUAUUUAAAUUAUAUUUGAAACGUAGCAUGAGUGGGAAAUCGAAAUCGUACCGAGUACUCGACGAAAAAACAUCGAUAACUGGAAUAUUUUUGAAUUUCGUUCAAUAAUAUCUCCACUACUAGGCAUUUAAAUUCUACUAAUAGAAUUGAUAACGAGUGGUCAAUACCACUAUAUAGAUUCCAAAUUUCUAACGCUCAUAUUUCAAAAAUUAGCAUUUCGCCGUUUUCCACACAUUUUUGAUUGACGAAAUCGAGCGAUCGAAAUUCAAAAAUCACCUCCCAUAUCAAAUGAAAGAAUGGCUUCCAUCUUAUUAAUUUUAUUACGUAUUUUUAUUUGACGUGCUGCGUUGAUUAUCGAUAGUAAAUAAAAUAUAUUGUUCUCUCCCUUUGACAUUAGGAUGUGUACUAUGACGAUUCUUUCCCUUGGUAAUCAGAAAUUUAUGGAAACGUUAAUAACGUUUAGUUGAACGCUAGAGUUAUCCUAAAGGCCUUACAGCCCGGCCAAAUUUAUUUGUGAGUAAAACUCGCAAUUUAGCACUUGUGAUAAACCUUUUCUAAGAGUUAGAUGAUAAUUAUGUUUCUCUUAUCAAUUUUUACUUUCACUCGUUCUCUUUUAGAAAUUAUUGUUUAAUAAAUGGAGAUAUCUACAUUUUACAUACUAAUACCUAUUUAAAAUAACAUUCUCAUUUUAUUAACUCUUCAUUGUUUAGUAAAUAUACAAAAUAAUUGUAACCCUUUAGGUACCUGAAACUCAAAAACUUCAUGUGUGUCAUGAAACAAAAAAAUAUAUUACAACUUUGUAAUUUAAGUUAUUUUAACCAAUUUUAAGUUCACACCAUUGUCACUAGCUUACUUUCGGAACAGUGUUUCUCAAAUUGUUUUCUUUUUCUUAUUUAUUUGUGAUGGACUUACUUUUUCUGUGAUUUAUUCUGUCGCCUAUGGAGUUUCCUGAGGCCAUGAGCUUCUGUUGCAGGUCUAGUCUAGAAUUUGUAUUGAAAUAAUCAAGUACUAAAUUCAAAAGUGCACUUAUAUUUUUUAAAGUUACAGACAUAGACACGCGCCAUAAUGUGACAUGCUCAUCCAAAGACCAAAUGUAUUUAGCAUAGUAUAGCUAGGUAGGUACUGUAUAAUAUUAAAUGAUAUAAGUAAGUGGUAUAUUAUAGUAUCUAUCAUAUUUAUAUGUAAAAAACCAUAGUUAUAUGACAUUGCAAAUGUCCAUUUUUUAUUAAAUGUAGCUUGUUGCAUUUUUGUUUUAAAAACCAUGUACUCUUCGCGGAGCUUAAAUUUAUUUGUUGAUUUUUUAUAUAAAGAUUUAUGGAUUGUUACGUUUUAAUUGAAAAUUGGUGAGCUUUUUAAAGGUUCCUAAAUGAGAUUUAAAAUUUGGCUUGGUCAGUAUAAAUCUAACAUCACAAUUACUGAAUGUCUUAUGAAAAAAUGAUUGCCUUGUGUAAGACGAAGCCUUAUUUUACCGCACUAGAGUUAAGAAAAGUUGAAAUGGGGCCAGUCUGCGGUCGGGCGAUUCACACUUGUUCAGGAUCGAUCGUGUAAGGAGGUAGGGAAGUAAUAGUAAUGGACUCGUUAAGUGUAAAUUAAUUAAUUAGUCAGAAGUACCUUUUGACGCACUAAGUCCAUUAUCGUAUUGGUGCUAAGAGAUCUGUUUUUCAAAUUUCAUUUAGAUGCCUCCAUUGCUAAACUUACUUCUAUUUAUCGCAAUGGAUGGUUUAUAGAAGUGAUAUAAUCGAAUUUUUGUUAAUUUUAAGCCAUCGCUCGCAAUCAGUUUUCAUUAAUUAGUAAUUAAAAUUAUAUUAUUCACCUCGCAACUUGGUUGCGAGAUGAAUACAAUUGUUUCGUUGUUAAAUGUUUGAGAAACACUGAUCCAUAUUUUUUAUUAGUUAGGCCAUAGGGCAUAAUAAAGUCGGCACCCAAAGUGUAUUUGGUUCCAAAGUAUAUAUUGUUGAAUGUUUUGUUACUGGAGAAUGUGGUUCGAUAAUUAUUAUAUCCUUUUAUUGUAGAAAUAAAGUUUAUUCAUAUUA